AUGGAUCAUUCCCAAGUCAAUCAAUCAAUCGUUCAAUCAUCGAAUGACCUUGAUCUGUUGUUGGCCAUUCAACAAUGUGAACGACUUUUGCUCUCGCCCCAACCUCCUGUCAGACUAAAGAAGCCUCGUAUCGUCAACAUUGAUGACAACUUGAGCCAGUUGCUCAAGAUGAACAUCGCCAAGAAUAUGGCCAGCCAGAGUUCGGAUAGGAGGCAUGAGUUCCAGAAUCACUACUUCUCCAUCUCUCUUGACAGUUGCUCCUUGUACCAUCCAGACAAAGUCACGCCAGUAACCAUCCAUGGGUUUAAGGGUCGGACCAACGUUGCCUACGCCACAGUGUUUGCUCGCAACAAUGUGUAUGUGUUUGGCGGCCAAGGUUGUACCGACACAUACGCUCGCUUCAAUCUCAUUGAACAGAAAUGGUACAAUGACAUCCCCAUCCAAGGGAUUCUGGGCGGCGAGUAUAUAACAGCCUGCUAUGAUGGCAGCCAAAACAUCUACUUGGUUGGUGGAAUCAUCAACUCGUUGCCAUCCAACCGCAUCGAUUGCUUCAACAUAUCCACGGAGGAGUUCAGUCAGGUCGGCUCACUCCCAACACCGGUGGGCAUAGUCAGUGCCAUCUUCCACAAUGGAAAACUCUACGUCAUUGGUGGAUCACACAAGGGAGUCCAACUGCGCAGGAUCCAAGAGUUCGAGGUGGCCACUGGCCAAUGCCGUAUACACUCUGGCGCAUUGGAUAUUGGUGACUGUACUUCAUGUUGCUUCGAUGGCAAAGACAUUUACGUAUUGUCUGGCGAUGGAUUCACUCGCGUCAACAUGAUCACCAAGUCGGUCAAACAUCUCAAGGCACCAAAGAGAGCUGCAAGAAACAAGAUGUUUAUUGAUGGCAAUAGGAUAUUCCUACUCGUUGGCAAACGAAACAACAUGGAGUACAUCAAGGAAAAGGAUUAUUGGAUACCUUUGAGCGAUAACUACCGAUCAGAUGAACUACCCAACGCAGGAUUAUGUUUGAUCAAAGAUUGA